AUGUCAGGAUCUAACCACAACGCCAAGGAUGGCGACUCGGCGCCUCCUCGCCGCCCUAGAGCACCGACCAUCACAAUUGAUACCACGGCCGUGAGCCCAAGUUCUUCAGCUGAGCCGCUCGCUGAAGGAGGCCCAGCAGCCGUUUCCAACUCUCCCGCCUCCCUAGGAAGCCCGACGGACCCAACAUCAAGCUCGCACAAACGCAGCCUCUCGAUCACAAGGCCCGAGGUGCAAGCCGCGAAAGCUUCGGAUGCCAGAGACAGUCGCCCUACCAGCCCGCACAAUAUCUCCAGCCCAUUCUCGUUCCGCGGGAACAACGGCCAGAGUUUCCUCGCCGUCCCCAACACACAGCGCUCACGCCAGAACUCGGUGAACUCGACGGAUGAUGCGCGGUCCGUUACCUCCUCGCAAGGGGACACCACCGUCAUCGGCGGCUCAUUCUCUGAGGGGAAGAACAGCCCUCCGUUCGGCGAUAAAUCAGACAAUCACCUUAUCAUGGACGACGAAGAUGCGCUCAAACCGGACCAGGGCAAGGAAGACGAUUUCAAGGUUGAGGACAAUCCGUUCGCCUUCAGUCCGGGCAUGCUGAACAAGAUGUUUGACCCCAAGAGCCUGUCGGCCUUCUACAGUCUCGGAGGUCUCGCCGGGAUCGAGAAAGGCUUGCGUAGCAACCGAACGACGGGCUUGAGUGUGGAUGAGACCGCUCUUGACGGCGCUGUGUCCUUUGAAGAAGUCGCCCCUCGUGGCAAGAAAGCGCUCAGCGAGGGCGCGGCGCAUGCCCCGCCGAACAGCCAUGCGCACCAUGCUGAGGACCCGGCGAGCGAACCCUUUUCUUCGCGGAAACGCGUCUUUCGCGACAACAGGCUGCCCGAGAAGAAAGGCAAGACCCUUCUUCAGCUCAUGUGGAUCACGUACAACGACAAGGUCUUGAUGUUGCUGUCGGCCGCCGCAGUCGUCUCCCUCGCCGUUGGCAUCUACCAGACCCUGGCUCCAACUGAGAACCAUGAGGAUGGGUCGUUUUCCGGAGCUGAAUGGGUUGAAGGUGUCGCAAUCAUCGUCGCCAUUGCAAUCGUGGUCCUGGUCGGGUCGCUCAACGACUACCAGAAAGAACGUCAGUUUGCCAAGUUAAACAGGAAAAAACAGGAUCGCUUGGUGAAGGCUGUUCGGUCUGGGAAGACGGUGGAGAUUUCCGUUUUUGAUAUCUUGGCUGGCGAUGUCCUCCUCCUGGAACCGGGCGACAUGGUGCCGGUCGACGGUAUCCUCAUUGAGGGGUACAGCGUCAAGUGUGACGAGUCUCAGGCCACGGGUGAGUCGGACAUUAUCCGCAAGAGACCCGCCGAUGAGGUCUUUGCCGCCAUCGAGAAUCACGAGAAUUUGAAGAAGAUGGACCCGUUCAUCCAGUCCGGAUCCCGUGUCAUGGAAGGUGCCGGCAAAUUCAUGGUCACCUCUACCGGUAUUUACUCGAGCUACGGCAGAACCAUGAUGGCUCUCAACGAGGAUCCCGAAAUCACGCCUUUGCAGUCGAAGCUCAACGUCAUCGCCGAAUACAUCGCUAAGCUCGGUGGUGCCGUCGCUCUGCUUCUCUUCCUGGUUCUCUUCAUCCGAUUCCUUGUAACCAUCACCAGAGAACCUGCUUCAUCCGAGUCACCUGCGCAGAAAGGACAUCGCUUCAUCACCAUCUUCAUCACCGUUGUCACCAUUGUGGUCGUGGCUAUCCCCGAGGGCCUCCCACUUGCUGUCACGUUGGCGCUCGCUUUCGCUACCACGCGCAUGCUCAAAGAUAACAACCUCGUCCGGCACCUCAAGGCCUGCGAGGUCAUGGGCAACGCGACCACGAUCUGCUCCGACAAGACGGGCACCCUUACGCAGAACAAGAUGCAGGUCGUGGCGGGUACUGUUGGCACAAGCCAUCGGUUCGGCACCACGACUACGCCAGAUCAGAAGGACACUUCCGAAAAGGACGUCGGAGUUCAGGAGCUCGUCUCGACUUUGCAUCCUGAAGUUAAAGACUUGGUGCUGAAGUCGAUUGCACUUAAUUCAACAGCGUUCGAGGGCAACAACAACGGCGAAGAAGCAUUUAUUGGCUCCAAGACAGAGACGGCACUUCUGAUCCUGGCCCGCCAGCAUUUGGCGAUGGGCCCUGUCAACGAAGAGAGAGCCAAUGUGAAGACGCUACACCUGAUCCCGUUCGACUCUGGACGCAAAUGCAUGGGUAUCGUCGUCCAAUUAGACAACGGCAAGGCACGGCUCUAUGUCAAGGGCGCCUCGGAGAUUGUGCUGGAUAAAUGCACCCAAAUCCUGCGCGACCCUUCGGGCGGUCUAGUCUCGGCGACCCUUACGGAGGAUAACCGCGAAACCAUCAGGAGGCUGAUCGAGACGUAUGCACGGAACUCUCUGCGGACUAUCGGUCUCGUCUAUCGAGAUUUUGAUCGGUGGCCGCCUAAGCCCUCCCGUCGGGUGGAUGCUGAGAAGGACGAGAUCGUCUUUGAAGACAUCUGCCGGAAUAUGACCUUCGUCGGUGUGGUCGGCAUCAAGGACCCCCUGCGCCCGGGCGUGCCCGAGGCAGUCCGGGAUUGCCAGACAGCUGGUGUUGUUGUUCGCAUGGUUACUGGAGAUAACAGGAUGACGGCCGAGGCUAUCGCUGCCGAUUGCGGCAUUCUGCAACCUAACAGCGUGGUCCUUGAAGGCCCCGAGUUCCGGAACAUGAGCAAGGCCCAGCAAGAAGAGAUCAUCCCUCGGCUACACGUUCUGGCACGGUCCAGUCCUGAGGACAAGCGUAUCCUGGUGAAGCGUCUCAAGGACAUGGGGGAAACGGUCGCGGUCACGGGAGAUGGAACCAACGACGCUCCCGCCCUCAAGAUGGCCGACAUUGGCUUCUCCAUGGGCAUCGCCGGAACCGAGGUUGCCAAAGAGGCAUCCGCCAUCAUCCUCAUGGACGAUAACUUUGCUUCCAUUGUCAAGGCGCUCAAGUGGGGUCGUGCAGUCAACGAUGCGGUCAAGCGUUUUCUCCAGUUCCAGCUCACUGUCAAUGUCACCGCGGUGGUGCUCACCUUCGUGUCAGCUGUUCAGAGCGAUGAACAAAUUGCGGUGUUGACUGCAGUCCAGCUGCUGUGGGUCAACCUCAUCAUGGAUACGCUCGCCGCGCUGGCUCUCGCGACGGACCCUCCGCGGGAUAACGUGUUGCAGCGCAAGCCUGAGCGCAAGGGGGCCUCCAUUAUCUCCAUCACUAUGUGGAAGAUGAUUUUGGGCCAGGCCGUGUAUCAGUUGCUGAUCACGUUCCUGAUAUAUUUCGGAAAGGCUAGUGUCCUUCCCGGACCUGAUGAGGGCAUUACGGAGUCCCAGAUCCACACCUUGGUUUUCAACACAUUCGUUUGGAUGCAGAUCUUCAACCAGUGGAACAACCGCCGUUUGGACAACAACUUCAACAUUUUCGAGGGCAUGCUCAAAAACCCGUAUUUCAUCGUAAUCAGCGCCAUCAUGUGUGGAGGCCAAGUCUUGAUUGUCAUGGUUGGCGGGGCCGCAUUCCGAAUCUCACCACAGGGUCAGACGCCGGCGAUGUGGGGCAUUGCAAUUCUUCUUGGCAUCCUCUCCGUCCCGGUCGGCGUCAUCAUCCGACUCAUCCCUGACGAGCUGAUCGCAAAAUUGAUUCCUGCGUCGUUCAAGCGGAAGUCCGACUCCAAGGUCCCGGGAGUCACCGUAUCGGACGACGACGAGCGCUUCAAUGCCUACCUCGAGCCGCUUGCCGAGGUCAGGGACGAGCUGGCCUGGCUCAAGCGUGUCAAGGGUGGUCGCCUCAAUAACCUCAAGUUCGCCAUGAAGCAUCCGCGCGAGACGUUCCUCCCUAGGAAGAGCCCCGCCCACAGCCGCGAACACUCGCGGUCCAACUCGAUCCACCGCCUGCCGCAGACGCCAACACGCGAGGACAGCUAUGGCUCAAACGUCGCCCCGACGCCCGACUCGCGCCGGCGCAGCAGGAGCAUGCGCUCGCGGUCCAAUAGCGCCUUAGGCGCUCCUACAGUUAUGGCGGGCAUCGUGGCCGGCAGUAUCGCCGCUAGCUGGUCGCCCAUCGAUCGACGCGGUCCCGAGCCAGAUUUUGGCCAGUUCCCGCGGCCGAGCCCCUCAGGCGAGGAGUCCAAGGGUGCCACCAGCCAGUCCGUGUUUGGCGGGCAGGUUCUGUCGGACGAGCCGCAGGAGAUUGGUGGCGAGGAGCCUGCUGCGGUUAAGCAAGACGACGUUCCGAUCCUCAGCUUGCCCAAACCCAAGUCGCCUUCGACGCCUAAGCCGCAGGAGUGA